AUGACAUUGAACUCGUUACCUCAUCCAGGAGACUGUCAAACGUUUAUAGUAUGCUGGCUCUCAAAACCGUAUUUAGGGACAUGUCCAGAUCAACUUUAUUAUGAUAUGAAAUCGAAUAAUUGUCAACCGUUAACAGUGGCUGUGUGUUGUAAUUCAUCCAUACCUUUCGUUUUCCCAUUUAAAACUUUACCAACUUUACCACCCGUUCCAGAUGUUCCAAAUAUCCUAACAACAAAACCCGGGCAUCCUACAUCUAGACGACCUUUAUCCCCUCUUCCAAAUAGCACUUUUUCUCCAUCAACAACAGUUGUUAUAACAAAAACUCCUACCAACGCAACUCACCCAACUACAGAAUCAACAUUAGCAAGUACAACUUCAUCACCUACAAAUUCAUCAGUCACUGAUUCACAAGAAUCAACCAAUGAAUUGCCGGUAACAACUACAACGGUAUUUGAAACAGAACAUUUUACUACAGAAAUAAAUAACGAAGUUAGUACGGCUAAACAAUUAACUACUACUGAAUCAACGAUAACAACCGAAACGUCACCAUCUGUCACUACAGCAGUAUCUACUAAAGGAUAUACAGAAAUGACUGAAGAAACAGCUACAAUUCAACUAACUACAUCAGAAGAUUUACUAUAUACCACACUCAAUCCAGAAACGGAAACAAGUAAAGUGUCUACAGUACCUGAUCUAACCUCGUCUACAGUUGAUCCUUCUCCUAAUGCCUCUAUAGUCGAUAUAACUACGCCAACAGAAUCUUCAACUACCCAAUCAAUAAGUACUGAUUUUACAGUUACAACAAUGAAUCCAUUAAUAACAAGCGAUGCAACUUCUUUAUCACCAGAAAAAACGACUGUAACUAGUGAAUCUACUACAGUCCAUUUUUCGAAUGUUCCUUCUUCAACAACACUUAGCGGUAGCACCGAUAUAUCUCCUACAGCAUUAACAGGAUCUCAAAGCGAAUCUAGUGACCAACCUGAAAUUUAUACUUCAACAUUUUUGUCUACAAUUGAACAUGACAUAACUACAGAAUCAUCAACAACAAGAGAAUUAUCAACAGCAAGUGAAACGGUAUCACGGUCUACUUUGCAAAGAACUAGCACUCAAUUCACAUCUGCAGAAAAUACAAUGACGGGUGUAACGGGAGACUCUAAUCAAUCAACACGAAAUACAUUACCGCCAUUUAUAACCGAAUCUACUACAGAAAUACUGUUUGAUGAUACAACCAACGGAACGACAACUACAUACUCAGAUGAUCAAUCAACAAUAAACGUACCUAAAGUUUCAUCGACAGAACCAACGCCAGCUACCAUUCCAAAUCAGAUAACAACAUCAUUAACAGAUUCAACAACAAGUCAGACUAUCCAAACAUUACCAUCAAUUACAACGACAGAAGUGAUUGAUUAUAUUUUUUCAAAAUCAACCGAAAUACCAACUACAAUAAAAACUGAAGCAACUACUGACAUUUUUGUAACGACUGAAGAAAUACCAACUACAAAAAGUGCUUCAGAAUCAAUUGUUACAAGUACCACAAGCGAAAUGUUGUCGUCUUUAUCAACUUCUUUGCCCAUUUCAUCAAUAGCUACUUCAGUAACUCCAGAGUUAAGUACUAUAACAGAACUCCCAGAAACAGUAGAAACCGAAAUUGAUAUUAAUGAUAAAACAACUGCAUACACAUCGGUAGAAGAACCUCAAACAACUGUAGUAUUUUCAACUGAAACUUUUGAACCAACAGACUCGAUAUCGACAACACAAGAAAACAAGCAUGUUAUAACAACUGAACAGACUGUUUUAACAACUGUACCUAGUGUUACUUCCAGCAGUGAACACAUACAAUCCAGUACUACUCCAUACAGACCACAAACUGUACCAACAACUACAACGUUUUCUGACCAUAGCCUUUCUACUUAUGAAACAGCAGUGACUGAAUUGAUAACAAAAGAAACAGAAGCUAACGUGAUGACAUCGACAUAUAGGGCUAGUACGAUGGAACCAGUAACUGAUUCAAGUACAACAUCUUAUUAUCCGACAGUUUAUACUUAUAAAACAACAACUACUAAAGCGACAGCAGAAGAAACAAAACCAGAUGUGAUAUCAACACCGUAUACUUCUAUAAUAACUGAAUUAGUAACUGAUCCGUCAAUAACGUCAUCUAAUCCCCUUACACAUGCUAUUUCCACAACAACAGAAACUGAUUUGAUUAAAAACGUAUCAAAACCUGAUAUGAUGUCAACAGCACGUAGUUCUAGUACAAUUGACCCAAUAACGGAUUUAAGUACCACAUCUUAUCAGUCGACAUUUUAUACUUAUAAAACAACAACGACUGAAGUACCAACAAGAGAAAUAGAAACAGACGUGACCGCGACAACAGAUAGUUCUCGUAAAACUGAAUCACCAAGUGUUCAUAGCACAUCCUCUAAUCAUCACACAUUUUAUACUUAUAAAACAACAACAAAUGAAGUACCAACAAAGGAACCAGAACCAGAUGUGACACCUACCAUAUUUAGUAUUAUACCUACUGAUCUAGACACUGAAUCAUCAGCGAUUUCUUCCGACCCAUCUACACAUUCUGCUUACACGACAACAGAAACUGUUUUAACAACAACGAAAAAAAAUAAUAACUUACCCCCAAUUCCGCCUACCGAAUCUCCAUGUGAAUAUUACGAAAAUGAAAGGCUACGAAAGCUCGCAACCUUACCAAUGUGUAGAGAAAUAGAUGAUUUUUCGUAUCCCGAUCUUGACAACUGCAGUCUGUACUACAGAUGCAUCAAAGGAAAAAUAAAGAAACUCGCAUGUGACGAUAACUUUGAAUUCAGUCUUCAGACGCUCAAAUGCGUGCCGGAAUCGGAAGCGAAGUGUAAAGUUCUAAAGACGUUAAAAGAAAAAAAGAUAUACUUAGAUUAUUUCGUUUUGAUCAAUAAUUUAACGAAAAAUUAUAAUUAUGAGGAGAAUCGAAAACAACAAAGCUCAUAAAACAAGACAACAACAAGAGCUAACAGAUUCUUAUUCACUUUUCUUCGCGACAGCUGCUGAGAAUAACAACAAAGUAAAAUAAGUACUUUCAAAGUACAAAAUGAGAACAUAAAUAACAUACUGUAGUCAAGUGUAGUCAGUAAAAAUGUGAUUUUUAACGUUUAAGCUUAACAGUUUCGAUAAUAGUUUUUGUACAGAUAAUGCUUUGUAAUAUGUAUCUUAAAAUAAACUAUGUAACAAUAAUAUAAAUAAUUUUCGCUAUUUAUUUAAAACAAAUACACAUAAAACGAGCAUUGUAAUUAUCGUUUCAAGAUAUUUUGUACGUACUUAAAUAAAAAGUAAAAAAAGGUGUUUGUUGUUGGUAAUUUCCCACUUUUUAAAUCGUUUUUAAUAUUCUUCUCCCUGUACUACAGUUAAAUGAUGACUAUUUUAUAAUCAUUUGCAAUUAUUAAAUGUAGCUUAGCAAUU